AGAAACAGCACCUUGACCAUCUGCAUCAUCCCGAUUCUGCUGCUCCUCCAGACCGGUUCCAUUGACUCCUACUAGAGUACCGCGUCGACUGGCAAGGAGAUCCAUUCCCGCAUGGUCGGCAUUGUCCCGGGUGGAUCACCGUCUCCGAGCUCUCUGGCAACCAGAGUUCUUGACAACCGUGUUGAACUUACAACUAACACGUCAACUGCAUUCUUCCAGUCGAUAUCUCGUAUUUUUGUGAUAUAAUAAAAAAAUUAACUCCAAUCUUCUUUUCUUGCCUUUUCCCCCUAUUCUUUCUCUUUCUCAGCUACCUUUUAUGAGCUACAUGCAGCUUGUCUGAAUACCCCUUGUUCACGAAAUCCCACAGCACAGACAGAAUGAGACCCACGACUUCAGUUGUAUUUUUGGCAGCUGCUGCCAGUGCUCAGUCUAUAAUUGAGAGCUCCAGUUUUGGUCUAUCGCCAAACAGAGACACCAUACCUGGGUGGCAAAUAGGUGGUGAAGGCCAGGUACCUCAAUUUCUCUCGGAUAAGCUCAUCUUGACACCCCCAUAUCCAGGCAAUACUAGAGGCUUUGCCUGGUCGCAGAGCCCAGUAUCGCAUUCGGAAUGGUCUGUAGAAUUGCAGUUUAGAGCCACUGGUCCCGAGAGAGGUGGCGGCAACCUUCAGUUAUGGUACGCAAAAGACGGCCAGGCCAAGAUCGGUACGUCCAGUAUCUACACUGUUGGGCCGUUUGAUGGCUUUGCGCUUGUAAUUGAUGCACAUGGUGGAACUGGUGGAAGCAUUAGGGGAUUCCUCAAUGAUGGCUCGACGGACUACAGAAGCCACGACAGUGUAGAUAGUCUAGCCUUCGGCCACUGUAUCUACUCAUAUCGCAACCUAGGGCGCCCUUCCAUCAUAGGGAUCAAACAUACCAAUUCUAUCUUCGAGGUGACGGUUGACGACAAGCUUUGUUUUUCCACAGACAAAAUUUCUCUGCCUGCCGGAAACACUUUUGGCCUGACCGCAGCGACUCCUGAGAAUCCAGAUUCGUUUGAAAUAUUCAAGUUCAUUCUGCGUUCCAGCGAGACUGCACCUCCCGUCCAGCAGGGGAGUUACCAACAGCCCAUUACCGAUCAGAAUGUGGAUGGUGCAGGCAGCACGGGAUCAGAAUCUGUAGCGUCAGGAGCGCAACUGGCAGAUCUACGUGCCCGCCUGGAACUUCUCAGCCAUGCCAGCACGAAUUUGGUUCGAGAUGUCAACGGUCUCUCUUCGAAGAGCGACAGCAGACAUGCCGAACUCCUUCAGCAGGUUGCUACAAAGGAACAACUAGCCAGUCUCGACGCUCGGCUGCAGAGAAUUGAAGACACCUUGUUGACCAUCAAGCGUGACCUGGAAGGCAAGGACUACCGCAGCCACUUUAACCAGCUACAGGAAACAUUGAAAUCAUCCCAUCUCAACCUAGCUGAGAACCUCCAAGGCACACUCCACACUGUCAUAACCAGUUCAGCUCCGCGUAUGGGCUUCUUCAUCUUCCUCAUUAUCGCCUUCCAAGCCCUCCUUGCAGGUUCCUAUGUCAUCUAUAAACGCCGACGCGCCAACAUGCCUAAGAAAUUUCUUUGAGCGUUUUUUGCCCCCUUUUGCCCCACUCCGUCCCCCCUUCAACUAGAAUUAUGAAUUCAUGUCCCCGAUCUUUUGACAUUUUGUACUAUCGGCCUAAUGUAACCCGCACUAGUCUGUACAAAUAAGCAUCACAUGACUAUAACUCUAUUUUCCUGUUUAUGGUUUAGUGUUAAGGGUAGGGCAUUUUAUUAGGGCACAUUUCUCAUGUCAACUCAAAUAAUUAGCAUCAAUGACAAUGCCAUCGGCUGAAAUAGGUGUCAUUCAGAUACCUUCUAACAUGG